AUAAACUAAUAAAAAUUUGAUUUUCAUGUUAGAAAAAGGUUGCUUUUUUUUUUGUAAGACAUUAAAUUUCAAACAAAAAUAUCUACACAAAGGUACUUUUUUGCAACUUGUGCUGCACAAAAAUUCUAUAAAAUCCAACAAACAAUUCCUCCAUAUACCCUUCCCCCUCUCUUCCAUCUCUUCUUCUUUUUUUCAGCAAACUUUGAAGCUUAUUCUUCAAAGUAAUUGCUCUGUUUUUAUUCAUAUUCAAGGUUUUAAGCCUAAAACCCAUUGUUCUUCAUCUGGGAUUUGGUCAUUUUCGUAUUUAUUAAUGUUCAACCUCUUGCUGUUGAUGUUUGAAAUACAUGUCUCAGAUUUUAAGUGAACAUUUUCACUCUGAGUUUAUGAUCAAUAAUUCCUCAUAUUGGCGUAGAACCCAUUUAGUUCACUCGUUUUCAGUUGUGUUUCUCUACUGGUUCUAUUACAUCACAUGAUUCAUACUCUGUUUUUUGCUUUAGUUACAAACUACCCCUAAUUAGAUCCAAAUCCAUACAAAAACAAUUAUCUGUUUGAAUAAUAAUCGAAUUAAAGCUUAGUUACUAUGUGGGUCAUUCUCAGUUUCUUCAAUUUCACUCUCUAAAUCUUCAGUAUUGUUCCAUUACAUUUCAUAAUUUGGUGCUCUGUUUCUGCUCUGUUUUUUGCUCUGUUUUUGCUCUGUUUUCUGCAAUAGUUACUUAAUAAAAAACGCCAAUCUAUCUUAGUAAUAAUCAAAUUAAACCUUAUUUACUAUCUGGGUUGUGCUUAUUUUCUUCUGAUUCACCCUCCAAAUCAUCAAGUUCGUCUUGUUUUUUCGGUAUUUUGAUGGCUUCUUCGAGUGGUAAAGCGACUUCAUCAGGUGGUUCUGAUGAAGAUCUUCAACGAUUAAUGGAUCAAAGGAAGAAGAAUAGAAUGGUGUCGAAUCGGGAAUCGGCAAGGAGAUCAAGAUUGAGGAAGCAAAAGCACCUGGACGAGUUGAAGACUCAGCUGAGUCAACUCAGGAUGGAGAAUAACCAGGUUAUGGCUACUAUUAGUGUCACCAUGCAGCAUUAUACGAAUGUGGAGGCUGAGAAUUUGGUGUUGAGGGCUCAGGUGACCGAGCUGAGCCGUCGGUUGGAUUCGCUAAACCAGAUCGAGUCGAUCAUGAGUCAACCCGUUGAUUCGGGUUGGGGUGGCACUGAGUUUGUUGACGAGUUUAUGGGUAACUCACUGAGUUGUGUUUAUGCUAACUUGCCUAUUUUGGCUGCUUCAGACAUGAUUCCGUACUGAAAGUGUUGUAACAAUGUAGUCAUUGAAUAUUGACUUUAUUUGGAGGGUAAAAUGGUCUUUUUGUAUGAGGUGGGGGAGGGUCAUGAAAGUUGUGUUGGUAGAUCGAGUAAAUAAGCAAUAUAUGCACAAUCAUUUAUCGUUUAAUAAAAAUGUUAUUUUAUAUAA